AAUAGUUGCCAAUUCUCUUACCCUGCCCUCAUGAUAUCAACUAUAAAUAUGGGAUUUCAUUUGUGAAUUUCCCAUCUGAAAAUCUUCUCCUCCUUCAUUAUCUUCAGAAACUAACCUCUCUUAGAUUGUCUAAAGAAAUGGGUUUUGCACCUAAAAGCUAUUGCUCUCUUCUUUAUGUCCUGGUGCUUUUGCCAGCACUUUGUUACUCCCAGGACACUUUUGUGUCCUCUAGAGCAACCUAUUAUGGCAGCCCUGAUUGCUUGGGGACUCCAACUGGAGCUUGCGGGUUUGGUGACUAUGGAAGAACCGUCAACGAUGGUUCUGUGAGUGGAGUCUCUAGACUGUACAGGAAUGGAACUGGUUGUGGUGCAUGCUACCAAGUAAUUCAACUUCAAAGCUACUUAAAAAGUCAUUGACCCUUUUUGAGGAUA